AUGGCUGGCACGGGUGCGUCGAGCCCGUUCAUCAAAGACGAGCCGGAUGAUCAGUUCUUCUCCUCCCACAACCAAAGAUUCAUGUCGAACCCGCAAAGCUUCGGUCUAACCCAGACACAUUUCAAUCAAUUCGGCUCACACGGGGGCAGCAUCAAUCCCAAUGACUUGAAUGUUGCCAGCAAUGGCAUAUCUAUACCAAAUAGUGGAUAUGGGACCUCCUUCCAGAACAAUUUUUCAACUCAGCCCUCAAACCCAAGCGCAAGCUUCUCGAAGGGUAUCUCGACUUUCGGUGACGACGAAUUGCUGGAUAGUCUAGACACCAUAAAUAAUCCACACUCUAAUCACGGUGGCAUGCAAAACGGCCAAGAUUUUGGUAUGGAAUUUGACUUCAACAAUCAUAACAUGUACGGAGGUAACAAUGGAAACGGCUUGGGUGUUGACCCGAAUAUGAAUGGCUAUUCAAAUACGCCAGAUGGAGAUCCUAUUCAAAGCCCUUUUGUUCACAACUUCAACCAUGCGCAAUUCAGACACAUGCAAACGCAGCAUAACUUUGGCUCGUCACUUCAAUCCCCCGCUUCAUAUGCAGGCUCCCCGUUGAGCGGUGCUGACUUGCACAAUGGAGAUAACAACUUUACCAAGCAGCAACGGCCAAGGUUGACUCAAGUGGGAUCCGGAAGAAAAGCAUCCAGCACUAGAAGUCCAUUGACGCCGAAAACUCCUGCAAUAUCAUCUCUCAAUAUUGGAUCAGCAGAUCAAUCGAACUUCCCAACUCAGCCAAUCCGUACUAAUCAUGUCCACCGACACCAAAAGACCUUGUCUGGUCAAUGGGAUCAGGCACCGAACAGCCUUGGCUCCUUUCCGGGUUCUGAGUUCGGUUCGCCCAUUCAAGGGGUUCACCCAAACCCACAAAUCUCCGACAUUCUCAAAGGUACUUCAAUGCCAACGAAACUCAACAAUGGUCAUGGAUCAGCGAAUGCACCAGGUCUGCAGUCACAAGAAAUGAAGAGAAGACGUCGACGGGAAUCACACAAUCUUGUUGAGAGAAGGAGACGAGAUAAUAUCAAUGAGCGCAUUCAAGAAUUGAGUCAUCUUGUUCCCAUGCAUCGACUUGAGGACGAGAAAGUACGCAAAGCCAUCAUGAACAAUUCUCCUUUGUCUCCGACCCUCACCGCUGUGUCACAACCACCGCCAAACGGGAUGAGCCCUCCGCAAGCUACGUCUGGUCUUGCCGGUCCCGGUGCCAGGAGAGCCACAGGGAAUAUCACUACCGGUAUUCCGAUUGAGGAGAAAGACAAGGGACCAAACAAGGGUGAUAUUCUCAACGGUGCUGUAAGCUGGACCAGAGAUCUCAUGUGGAUGUGUCAUCACCAAGCUCAACAAAUGGAAGAUCUUGCCAAUCUCAUUGCCGAGUUAGGCGGAACAUGGCCAUAUGAGAAAACUGAAGACGAGAAGCGCAUGCAUACUGAAUUGAUGGAUGCUAUGGCUAAGAAUGGUGAGGCUAGUUUCGAAUACACCCGACGCCCCGGCACGGGUUUGAGGGUGCCUAAACAUACCGAUUAUAGGGGUGAACCAGACCGUGGCUCCAACUUUCCCCAGCUUGAUAAUUCUCUCAGUCCAGACAACCAUAGCAGUACCGAUGCUGGUCAAACUGGUAUGGGUGGUGCGGGUCAAUAUUGGAGUGGUCACAACAGCGGAGGUAGCGGUCCUGGCUCUAUUGGCGGCUUUAAAGAAGAAGAUGAAUACAACAUGGACCUGGGUCAAUGA